AUGACCGAGUCAAUCCACGAGAAGAAGUCGGACGAGGUGGACCGGACCAGGUCCGCGAGGAGUGUCGUGCAGGGGACCGUCGAUGCGCAUGAGACCAAUCAGCUUGUUGUUCACCAGGCCAUUGAGGCUAUUGGUAUGGGUCGGUAUCAAUGGCAGCUCCUCUGCUCGUGUGGCUUUGGGUUCGUGGUUGAUCAGAUGAUCCUUAUAUCAAUCACCAUCGUUAUGCCCAAUGCUGCCAAGGAGUUUGGACCAAAAUAUCAGACCCUCCUCUCAGCAUCUCUAUACGCCGGUCUUUUCGUUGGUGCCGUCUUCUGCGGUCUCUUUGCCGAUCUCCUCGGCCGCAAGCUGGUUUGGCAGUUCUCGAUCUUCGGAGUCUCCAUCGUUACAAUGUUGGCAGCAUCGUCGCCGAACUGGGCUGCUGUUAAUGUAUGGACAGCCUUUUGUGGAUUUUUAGGCGGAGGCAACUUGGCAAUUGACUUGACGGUGCUCGCUGAGAAUCUACCCCGAAAGUGGGAUUUCCUUCUCACCGGCGCCGCCUUUACAUGGGGACUAGGGAACGCCAUCACUGGCCUCAUCGCAUGGCCUCUCGUGGUCUACCGCUGCUGCCCCAACGGCUCCACACCAGCAACCUGCUCUCGCUCCGCGAACAUGGGCUGGCGAUACCUCGAUAUCAUCCUCGGCGGCAUCUGUUUAUUCAUGUCGAUCGGCCGCACAUUUGUCCUUGGAAUGCACGAGUCGCCCAAGUGGCUCGUCAGUCAGGGCAGGAUCGAAGACGCCGUCACAUCCCUCAACCUCAUCAGUGCGAAGAACAAAGCCGAGCACAGAGCGGAUGUCAGUCACUUUUGCGAAGCAUCAGAACUUCCUCCCAAGCCUAGCUGGUUUCAGGAGGUGCUUUCCGUACGCGAACUGUUCCAAGGGUGGAAGAAGCUACGCUUGAUGGGUUGCCUGAUACUUCUUUGGGCGUUUGUUGGAAUCUGCUACCCGCUCUACAACGUCUUCCUACCCUACUACCUACAAGCCCACGGCGCCAACCUCGGCGACGGCAGCAACAACCAAACAUACCGCGACCUGGCUGUCUCAUCCGUCGUCGGAAUCUUCGGGCCGCUGUUGAGUGCCUAUCUCGUGAGCAUAAAAAAGCUCCAGCACCAAUGGACCCUAUUCAUAACGAGCUGCAUCUGCGCCGUCUUUGCGGGCCUAUUUACGCAGGUGCGCACCGAGGCGCAGAAUAUCGCGUUCUCGAGUAUGGUUAAUUUCUGGUUGAAUGCGUUGUAUGCGGUUAUUUAUGCGUAUACACCCGCAUCCCUAGAGACGAAGCAUCGCGGGGUGGGAUGCGGAAUGCUCAUGGCUUGCGGAAGACUCGUCUCAAUAUCAUCUCCGUUCAUUGCGACUUUUGGAGAUGUUACAUCUGGUGUACCGCUGUGGAUCUCUUGUGCGAUGUAUGUCGGAAUGGGGUUGUUGGGCCUUGCGUUGCCGCGACUGGACUAG